GGGAAUCAUCGUUCGCCGUUACGUCGCAAAUGUUGGGUGGAACGUUAAUUUCUUGUUCGAUACCACUGGAUUUUAAAGGACCUUAUAGCAUGUAAUCUGAAGGAAUUUUCAUUGGAACGCUCAUUACUAUGGCAACUGGCCCAAGCACAACAAUUUCCAUCAUGCCUACUUCCUCUCCAGGACCCUCCAUCCCCCCAAUAGUUCUAUCUCCAUCCUCAUCCACCUCAGGACCUGUCAGCAGCUUUGAUUUGGGUGACAAACAAAAAAGAUGGGUUGUGAUUGGAAUCACAUUAAACAGGCUUCUAUUACCAGUUCUCCGUGACUUUGCGGGCAAAGAACUUGCUAAACACUACACAUCAUUGAAGAGUUCCAGUGGAAUAGAUGCACAGGUUUAUCCCACUCACAUGAAGAAAGAUGGUUCAUUUGCUUUAAACUAUGGCAGCAUCAACAACAACUGGGGAAGAUUCAAGAGGAAAGUGCAACUAUAUGAUUAUAAAGUGGCAUCUGCUGAGGAUCUGGCCAAACUUUAUCUUGAGCCACACAUGGCCAAGUUUACAGGAUUUGAUAACACAUGUGACCUGUCAGCAGUUUUAGGGAUGCUGGCGAAUGCAUCUGUGUUUAUAACUCCAACCAACAUUCAAAAUAAUGCUAAGGAUGUGCGUUCAAAAGUACGAAAUGAGUGGGGGCAUUGCAACUUUGAUCAUUGGACUGACGUGGAUUUUCACUACUGUUUCCAACUCAUGGAAACAUUGAUUCGUUCAUUGGGGCUUCCAACAGCCGAUGAAAACAAAGUGCUGGAUAACCUUCAAGAUUGGCACACUAAGGGUUUGAAAUUGUGCAUGGGUUGCCCAGUGGACAAGGAUUUGAUGAAACUUGUCAGCCUUGAGGUAACCAACUUAGAACAAAACUUGGAGGCCAUCAAGACAUCCAGUGCUGAGGAGGCUAACAAGAUAAGCGAGGCCUUAAAAGAUGUCAAAGAUCAAAUCAGUAUAUUUGAUCAGCGUAUUACUGAACUUGAGACACGGGUAGAGAAAGAAGCUGGGGCGCAGUCAGAAAAACUUAGGGUACAGUCACAAAAAGUUUCUCAGCUAGAAGAAAAACAUAAUCAGCUAGAAUCAACCGUAGAGACCUUAGAUUGUCGACUUAAAAAGUUAGAAGAGGGUUAUUUGAAAGCCACAGUUGAUGCCGAAAUAUUCCAACUGCCCAGUCGCAAUCAUUGCUUUUGUGGUCGUGAAUAUGAGGUAGCAGCUAUUGCAGAGCAAUUGAAAAAUGCUGAGAGUGGUUGUUCUGAAUCAGUAAUUUGCGGUCUUGGGGGGGUUGGAAAAACAUCUCUUGCUGUCGAGUUUCUCUGGCGACAGAAAGACAAGGAGGAAUAUCCCGGUGGUAUUUUUUGGAUUUCAGGCGAAACCAGCGACCUUUUUCAAUUGUCCGUUAGCGAGAUGGCACGUCAAGUUGGUACUUUUGAUGACAAAAACUUUUCCAGUUCGCUAUCAAGAACCUUGGACUGGUUGAGAAAGCGCGAACAGCUGUGGUGUUUGGUGGUUGACAAUUUGGAUGAGUUAGAAAUGUCCAUGGAUAUGCGAAAACUGCUGACUGGUCAUUGGAAACAAGCCGCCCGUGGUCAUAUCAUCAUAACCACAAGAAGAGAAGCAAAGGAAAUCGGAGAAGAGACUGGAAUCACAAACAGCUAUUGUAUUGAGUUGAAGUGCUUGAAAGAGGAAGAAGGAGUACAGUUUUUACGAAUGCGAAGUGAAAUAACCGGAGAAGAUAGCGAUUUUCGUGAGCUGGUCCGAGAACUUGGCGGACUACCACUGGCUCUUGAUCAAGCUGCAGCCUAUAUUAGAUGUGUCCCCCACUCGACUGUUAAAGAGUAUCUCAAAAAAUAUAAAGAAAAAAGACUGCACCUCCUGGACAAGAAGAAAGCUCGUCAUCUGGUGCAAGAUACUUCCAGAGAGCGAUUGGCUGUAAAGACAACCUGGUUGUUGAAUUUUGAAUACAUUCGACGCAUCUCAGUGGAGGAGGACCUAGGAGAAAUCCCUUCUCUUGUGAUGCGUAUGUCUGCUUACUUAGGUCCCGACGACAUCCCUUUUGAAGUGAUAAAUGAAGAGCUUAAUAAAGUGGAAAAUGCCGAAGCAGCAGGCGAUGCGUGGGACUCAGGAUAUAUUGUGGCGCUUCUCACCAGGUUUUCUCUUUUUCAAAGGUAUGGGACAAAGUCUUUCAGCGUACAUCGUCUAGUGCAAGAGGUUAUCCGAAGUGAAAUUGAGAAAGACAAAGCUGAGUUGCGCGUCCUUUCUUGUGCAGUACAUGCCCUUCACCAUGCACUUGUGGACACACGCUCACCAGUUGAGGUUUGCGAAAGUUUCUCUAUGGAUGCUGUUUUCAGUGUGGACAAUCCUCCUUCGUUACAUCUUUGGGGUAGGCUGGCAUCGCAUGCCACCUAUCUACAGAAGCAAUUGCGCAGCUACUCCAAGAAACAUGAAAAUGAAGCCGAACGCGUGCGAAGCACUUUGCUAUGCACUGAAGAAACUGUCCGAAUUAUUAAUGAAGCAGGGAUAUUUUUUAGCGUUUCUCACGAAAACAUCAAAGCUCAGGAAUUGCAAGAAAUUAAACUUGAGUUGCUAGUACACCUUGAGAAAUCAAUCCCUGAUGAUGAUUGCAAUUUACCAAAUUACUUCAUCGAUGUACCCCUAAAGCAAAGAGACCACAAAGUAAUUUCCUGUUGUAUGAGUAAAUCUCUUCCUGAGGGGGAAGCCGUUGCGGAAAAAGAAUCUUCUCAAAAAGAAAUGGAGGAGCAAGCCAACCAACUUAGAGAAGAAGGAAACAUUGCUGUAAAAGGGAAAAUGUUCAAAGAAGCUUUGGAUUUGUAUACUAGAGCGAUUACUUUGCAUCCCACUGACUGUCGACUGUUCUGUAACCGAGCACUGUGCCAUUUGAAACUUGGACAGCCAAGGAAUGCACUGGGGGAUUGUAACAAGUGCCUCUCUUUAGAUCCUUAUUACUGCAAAGCAUUGCAAAGAAGAGCUUGGGCUCUGCGAGAACUAGUAGUAAAUGGACAGAAUGAAUUAAAAGGGCAAGAGCGGGCCGCUUUAUCAAUGGCUCUUCACUUUGAUCCAAGUCUUCGCCAUGACAAACGUUUUUGUAAAAUUUUUCCAGACUUUGAAGACGCACGAGCAAGAGAGAUAACCAAUGCAACGCAAUUGGCGUUUGCUUUAGCCACUGCAGAGAAAAAUGAGACCUUCUUAUUGAAGGAAGGAAAGUAUCAUCUACCUUGCUUUGUCGUCACUUGUGAUGUGCAGAUAGUAGGCCUUGGAACCAUAUUCACUUCGUUGAUUUGCACAAGCAGAUGCGAAGUAUUCUCAAGGUGUUACUUUGAGAAUAUUUUUUUUCCGAAAGGGAACAGUGCAUUUCUCUGCAGGGGUACAGAAGGAGCGAUCCACGUUAAUCGCUGCAAGGUAUCUGGAGGGCAAGCAAGUUGUGAAGACUUCCCAGAAUGUAACGGAGGUCCAGGAUGCAUAGCAAGAUCAAGAGGAAGGGACACUUGUGAUCGGACUUACAAAUAUGGAAGCAAAUUCGUCUCUGGCUUUCCAGGCAUGGCUGGAAUCCAGAUUAUCGAGAGUAGUGUUGCACUGAUUGAAAAUUGCAUUAUUCGCGACUGCGGAGGUGGAGGGAUUCUCGUUGAAGAUUCAGGUUCACAGCUGCGCAUUAGACGAUGUGAAGUCUACAAAAACCAUCAAAGCGGCUUAGAGGCAAGAGAAGGUGGAAGAAUUUCUGCGUCUGAAAACAGGAUAUAUGGUAAUGGCUUUCAUGGCAUGUUGAUUGGACCAAAUGCAGGAGACUGUUCCAUAGAUGAUAAUAAGAUCUUUGAGAACACAAGGGAGGGCAUUCUCGCCAUGGGCAAUAAAGACAAGGUAGUCUUACAAGGGAAUGAUAUACAUCACAACGGACCCUUCGGUAUUUCUUUGGAUGACAAUUCUGAAAUUUUAAUCCGAAACAACAAGAUUUUUGAAAAUGGAUUCUGGGCCAUUCUUGUAAAAUCACGAACUUCCGGACACAUUCUGGAAAAUUUCAUUACAGCUAACAAAUGCGGGGGGAUUUUCAUGGGAAUCAAUUAUUCAGCACGAGUAGUAAUUGAAUCAAACACUGUUCGAGACCAUUGUGGCCCUUGGCUGGAAUAUCAAGACAACGUGGAAUCGCUGGAACGUGGAACCUAUAGAAAAUUGUGGCAGAACAACCCUAUGGUCGCUAAAUGUUUAGGCAUCCCUUGCGGAGAGAAGGAGUUUCAUUCAAAUCCUCCAAUUCUCAUUGGAAACAUCAGAGAUAACAAUGAGGAAGGCAAACACCACCCUAGAGAAGUCAUUCAACGAUUUCAGAGUGGCUGCACAUUUUGUCGUCGUUCAGAAGAUAAAGCAUGUCACUUGACAAAGUGCCCCAGUUGUCAAAUUGCACUUUAUUGUAGUGAGGAAUGCCAGCGCAAACACAGACCCAAACACAAGGCAUUAUGUUUUGCCCUUAGGAGCCGCUAUUCUUUAACAAUCAAGAUCAUUCCCUUCCGGGUCGUGUCAGAGGGGGCUCAGGAGCGAGUAUUUGGCAGUCACUUGAUAGGUAUUGGAGAGGGCCCUAAGCCAAAUCGUGAAAGUCGUGAUAAGUUUAUCGUCAAGAUUCAAACUAAAGAUCUUAACAGCCACCCAUUGCAGUUGUUGACUGUUUAUGACCAGAGCCUUACAAUAGAUGGCAACAUUGUAAGUCCUGAAAUCUUCAAUAUCAUUAUGGAAUGUGGAGUUCUUGGAAGCCUGCACAAAUUUACAAGUAAAAAGGUCUUCUUUUGGGCCAUGUUUGCGGAUGAAGGAGAUAGACUCACAGUUUUCCUCAAUCAGUUAGCCCCUUAUCAGAAGUGGUGAGGACUUCAGAAGGUGACGUUUAGUGCAAAAACCCAGUAAAUAGAAGUUGGGAUGAUUACGCCAAAGAAAAUGAUUUAAUUCUAAGGCGUUUUGUGCCAUUACCACGUUUGUCUCACCAAGUCAUCCUUACCUCUUCCACUGCAAGUUUUCUAAUCAAUUUUUUGGACUCAGUUAUUGGAACAUUGAUUUUCAUUGGAUAAGGAUGCCAAGCAACCCUGAUAACCUACUGAAGAAAAGAUAGACAGUGGGUACUUUAACGUCCUAAGUGCAUGGGAUUUUUUCAUUCUUGAGUGUUUGGUGGGUAGACUCUGCCGCAAUAAUUUAUCAACCAACCAAAUUAGUAGAACAGGCCUAGUAUGUAAGGAGGCUUCAAUCUUGCAGCAGAACAUUUCUAGGUAACAGGAAAUAAUAACCUUGUAAAUAGUUUAGUGAAAGCAAAAACGUGCCUCCGUUUCUGCAUAGAACUAAUACUAGGGUGCAUUGAUGGUCAAGAAAUAACCUUGUCAGAUUUCUUAGACCAACUAACUAUUAGAAAUGUAGGGAAAACCAGCAAACCUGGAAACUGAACUUGUGUUAUCUUUAACACCAAUGUCAACACUCUGAUGCUGUCAUAUAGGGAUGCCAAUGACUAUCAAAAUUUACUUAAGAAGCAUCACUAUAUAAUCUUUACUUAGCUGUGACACUAAACGCGGCCAGCAUGCAGUCAGUCAGUUGUUCCAUUACUUUAAGAUGGCCAUCUUGACUAGAAAUGAUAAAUUUUUGAGUGAAGUUCUUUGCUAUUGUUUCAUUAGGAACAAAAUAGUGCGUAUUUCCUUAGAGGUGUCAAUUUAGCUACCAGUAACUACAAAUUUAACAAUUGUAUAUUAACGCUCUACUGUACCACUUAAAUUUUAUUUCAUGAAUUUAUUUGUUGGAAUAUGUAGAUCACGGUUGAGGAGUCAAAAUAUACAAUG